AGGACGGAAGUGGGAUACAGGAGACAAGGGAGCGCGUGUAGGCAGACUCCGCACUGAUCCGGACAAGGGACACAAGGAAUCCAGGCCUCCACCUCCUGAUCCUCCGCUUUACACCUUUUAGGAUCUCUGAGGGUUUACAAAAAAAACAACAACCCACCACCCAGGCUUUCGCCCUGGAGGCCAACAGCCUCGCCGGAGGCUCUGCGGAGGGGGGACGCUGCGGGAGCCGCUCGCCCCCUUCCGCGCCCCCGCUCCAGUCACCUGUGCUCACCGUGGAGGAGUCGGGCUUCACCACCGUGGAGCUGUACCAAGAUGCAGAAGAAGACUUCUGCCCGGCCGCAUCCGAGGGAGGGACGGAGGAGAUGAGUGGUCAAGAUCCGAACUGUGAAGACAUGCAACGGAAGGACCAAAGAUUGGCUUUCCAGAUCUUCCCCGACCCCGUUGAGGUGGUCCUGGCUCCGGAGGCCUCGCUCAACAGCCCCGACCACGGCCGCGGGAAGGAGCGCCUUCCCUCCAUCGUGGUGGAGCCCACGGAGCUGAGCGAGGUGGAGAGCGGAGAGCUGCGCUGGCCUCCGGAGAGCGUGGACACGGAGGAGGACGAGGAGGACCUGUUCCUGGAGCAGUGCAUCCCCCCGGCCAACAUCGCAGACUGGGGGGAGGAGGAGGAGGAGGAGGAGGAGGAGGAGGAGGAGGAUGAAGAGGAGGAGACGUCGGUCAUACUGAACCCGCAGCACGGCCUGACGCUCAUCGGUGAGCCAACGCGUUUGCAUGUUCUCUCCACUCAUAAAUACGACACAUUAUUCCGUUUUUUCCCUGUUUGCAGCCUCGUGACCGUCUGAACAAACACGAUCUCAAAAGUUAAAUCAGGAACAAACAGACCUAGUCGUCAUCAAAGAGGUUUUUCUGCUGCAUCGCCGGAAAAAAAACGCGUGCCGUGCUGCCACGGAUACGGAAGUAACCGUCUUUUGAUUGGCGUCUUGCUCUCUUGGGCUUUGCGGGAGAACAUGGCCGCAGUCAGAGGCCCGAGGAAGAAGAAGACGUUGUGUUUGAUGGAAAAGGUCGGGCGCGUGGGAAGCAGGUCCUUGUGCAGCCAAACACACGUGUCCAAACCCAGAAGUCACUCCGCGAGUCAGGAUUUUCAGGCCACAGCAACAGAUCCCAGACAAGUAUGGAAAAGAAAUACAUCUCUUGAUGACUAAUGUUGUGAAAUUCACAUCUCUUAGAAUCAAAAGUCUAUCUACAGUCAAGAUGCUGACUUGAGAAAAUAUCCCAAGUGUAGAAACAAUUAGCCGCAGCAACACAAAUAAAAAGCCACCAGCAACAGCCGAGUCUGCAUUUUUAUGCUUCUCUUUUCUAAUUUUGAAUGCGAGUGUGUGUGUGUGUGUGUGUGUGUGUGCGUGCGUGCAUGUGCGUGUUUGUGGGCGUUUACCACAGACAGUAACUGCAAAAAUGCGACAUCUGAAGGCAUUUGAAUGUAGGAAGGAAGGAAUGUACUGUGGCAAGAAGUAAAAAAUAAAAUUCAUCCGUGACAGAAGAAAAUCUUUGUUCUGGUAGCAGAAUGAUAAACAUCCUUCCGAUCAUAUCAUCACAUAAAGGGCAGCUGUCAAUGACCAAAUGUCCAUCAGCUGGCUGCAGGUACACUUCUCCAAUCGUGUUGGAGAAGUGAGAAGCGAAAAACCCGUCGCCAACAUUCAUUAGCCGCCGCCGUCAAACGUGGGCAGCGUAGAGAAACUCAACGUGCUGGUUAUGUUUGACAGGUGAACAUGCACAUUUUGAUUUGGUCAAAAAAAGGAAACUCUGAUGUGUGAUAUUGUGGACAUCUGGGAGAUAAUGUUGAAAACGCAAGUUGUACGUGAUCUCGGGGGCUUUGUGCAAUGAACAGUAAGAAGCC